UUUAAUGUGAUAUGUAGGUAUAGGUUUAGGGAACUGUAAUGAACUGAAGAGUAAUUGCGGUUGCUGAUAUGUCUAUUUGCAGGAAGGAUGAUAAAGAUUAUGCUCUGAAGCAGAUUGAAGGCACAGGGAUCUCUAUGUCCGCCUGCAGAGAGAUAGCACUGCUGCGUGAACUGAAGCACCCCAAUGUGAUCUCACUGCAGAAGGUUUUCCUGUCACAUGCAGACCGCAAAGUGUGGCUUCUCUUUGACUAUGCUGAACAUGACCUCUGGCACAUCAUCAAGUUCCACAGAGCCUCCAAGGCCAAUAAGAAGCCUCUUCAGCUGCCGCGUGGAAUGGUAAAGUCUUUGCUUUACCAGAUCCUAGACGGCAUCCACUAUUUGCACGCCAACUGGGUCCUGCACAGAGACUUGAAACCUGCCAAUAUAUUGGUAAUGGGAGAAGGUCCUGAAAGAGGACGUGUGAAGAUAGCUGAUAUGGGUUUUGCACGGCUCUUCAACUCACCACUGAAGCCUUUAGCAGAUCUGGAUCCUGUAGUUGUUACGUUCUGGUACAGAGCACCAGAGCUACUGCUGGGAGCCAGGCAUUACACCAAAGCCAUCGAUAUCUGGGCGAUUGGCUGUAUCUUUGCUGAGCUUUUGACCUCAGAGCCUAUCUUCCACUGUCGACAGGAGGACAUAAAGACCAGUAACCCCUACCAUCACGAUCAGCUGGACCGGAUCUUUAAUGUCAUGGGCUUUCCUGCAGAUAAAGACUGGGAGGACAUUAAGAAGAUGCCGGAACACUCUACGUUGAUGAAAGACUUUAGGAGGAAUACGUACACUAACUGCAGCCUUAUAAAGUAUAUGGAGAAACAUAAAGUCAAACCUGACAGCAAAGCAUUCCACUUGCUGCAAAAGCUGCUUACUAUGGACCCAAUCCGCCGAAUCACAUCUGAGCAGGCCAUGCAAGACCCGUACUUCCUGGAGGAGCCUUUACCCACGUCUGAUGUCUUCGCUGGCUGCCAGAUUCCUUAUCCUAAACGAGAAUUCCUGACGGAAGAGGAGCCAGAAGACAAGGCAGAUAAAGUAAGAAAUAAAAACCAGCAGCAGCAGCAGGGGAACAACCACACCAAUGGGGCGGGGCACACAGGUAACCCUGACAACAGCCACGCACAAGGCCCCCCUCUGAAGAAGGUGAGAGUGGUUCCGCCCACUACUACCUCAAGUGGCCUGAUCAUGACCUCAGAUUACCAGCGCUCCAAUCCACAUGCUGCCUACCAGAACCCAGGACCAAGCACAUCAUUGCCCCAAAGCAGCAUGGGAUACUCCUCUACCUCCCAGCAGCCUCCACAGUACUCACACCAGACCCACCGCUACUGAGUCAGGCCACGCCCCCCUCUCACAGUGCCCAAUAGGGAGAAUGUACUUAGGGAGGCGGGUGUGGACCUGAGCCGAACCGCCCCACUCACUGGGCGCUUUGCUGUGCAGCAUUUUCACCGCAGGAACAGUAACUGUAACCUAACAACACAUCACCGUAUCAUACAGCUGACAUUAUCCUCCGCUGACAAAAGGAGAAAAAAAGAAAAUAAAUAAAUAAUAGACUCUAAGUGAAAACAAAUGAAAAAAAGCUGAUGAAAAGCGGAUAUUUGUUCCAUUGGUGAUAGUUCAAGUCUUCGCUGCAAGUCUGUGAUACUUCACGAAAAAGAAAAACACAAAAAAAGCAACAAACAUUCUCAAUAUGUGGUACUGAACAGCUGCACUAAGUAGUGAGACUGGUUUGGAGUGAGGUGGAGAUCCACCGUACCAUCCAAUCUCUUUAGCCCCGGUCCUUCUUGCCCUCACUUUUGAAAUCCGUUGGCCUCUCCAAGACUUAAAGC